AUGAGCUUGUUCUUUCUUUAUUUCAUGAAAUUCUUUUGCUGUUUUUUUUUUCAUUGCAUUGAUUCUAAUCUGUCCUUUUCUCUUUCAUUCUUUGUUUUUCGUUUGAAUACACUUUCUUUUAUUUCAAUUCCUGUCUUUCUUUUUUUCUUUGUUUGUUUGUUUGUUUCUUUCUUUCUUUUUCUCUUUCUUUUAUUCUUUUUUUUUCUUUCUUUUUUCUUUCUUUCUUUUACUCUUUCUGUUGCUCUCUCUUUUUUCUCACUUCCUUUUGUUCUUUCGUUCGCUCGUCUUUCUUUCUUUUUUCUUUCGCCCUUUCUUUUGUUUUUUCGUUCGCUCUUUCUUUCUUUCUUUCUUUCUUUCUUUUGCUCGUUCUAUUGUUCUUUCUUCUCUCUUUCUUUCACUUUUCACUUGUUCUUUCUUUUUUCUUUCUGUCGCUGUUUCUUUCGUUUUUUUCUUUCUCAUGUUUUUCUUUCUUUCGCUAUUUCGUCCUUUCUACGUUCUCUCGCUGUGGUUUUCAUUGACCCUUUUUACUGUUUUUUUCUUUUAUUCUUUCUUUCAUUGAAUUUUUCCUUCCUUUAUUUCUCUGUUCAUAUCUAUCUAUCUAUCUAUCUAUCUAUCUAUAUAUCCCCAGUCUGCCCAAAAUCUAUCUAUCUAUCUAUCUAUCUAUCUAUCUAUCUAUCUAUCUAUCUAUCUAUCUAUUAUGGCCCAAAAUCUAUCUAUCUAUCUAUCUAUCUAUCUAUCUAUUAUGGCCCAAAAUCUAUCUAUCUAUCUAUCUAUCUAUCUAUCUAUCUAUCUAUCUAUCUAUUAUGGUGA